AUGACCAACCAAGCACACAACAAUGGAGUACAUAACUCGGUGGAGGCGUACUACCAUGUGCAUCUUUGCAUCGAGAAUCUGCCUCUCAAUGCCUGGUGUGACGAGGUAGCUACGCAGGUGCUUGGACCAGACACGUUCCUCCACUACUUUGAUGUUGCCACUGUGAAGCGUGAAGAUUCUUCCUCCUUCAACCUGUGGGCAUGGUCGGCCAACCCUUCGGCCAUCCCCAAGGUUCUCCGGCUGACGCUCGCCGGCAACCAAGCGGCGGGCUACAGCAGCGGCCCGAGUGCCGUGGUGGGCCGGCGCGGCCUCAAGCGGCGUGUCCUGGUGCACCUUGAAACGGUGGAAGACUUCACUCCUGACGUCAAUGGAGUUAUCCCUCGCCGCCCUCGCUCAACACACCCGUUCACCUUCUACUACGGUGUGGUCGACGGUGAGUCAAGAAUGCGAGACCGCUCGGAGGUGGCCGGACAAAGAAGGGAUGAUGACCAAGACCGCGACCGCCGCGAUGACGAUGAUGACCGCGGACGUCGGGGCUGGGAGGAUCACUCCUCCUCUUGGCGUGAAAGCUUCUUCCGCAGCCGGUCGCGCGCUCCAGCGCGCUGCGAGGACGAAGACCGCCGUGGCUCCAGGGAUAGCCGCCGUGAAGACAGGGGAGGCCGCCGCGACGACCGCGAUGGCAGGGACGGACGCCGUAGGACCUCCGGCACCCCUGACGCUCGCAAGAUUGAUUGGAACCAAGUCCAACGCCUUCCUGACGGUGUUGUCAUUCCGGCCUCCGGCACGCGUGGCCGUCGUCGCCCUGAAGAUAGUGGCUCGCGCUCGGCGCGCCCGGGCGGACUGACCAGCCCUGUCUGCGAGGACAGUCGUGGUCGUUCUCCUCCGGCCUCACCUAGAACCACCUCCUGCGACAUCGUGCAAGUCUCUUCCUCACCUGGCGACGCUUCUUGGUUCAGCUGGAUUGCCCCCUGCUUUGGUGCUCAGGAGAGGCCAGCAGUGGUGUGUCCUGCAACGCUGCAUCAGGAUGCCUCUCCUCGUACAUCGGUGCUGGACAUCAUCCAGCUACAUCCCAUGCCAGCUCCAGCACGUCCCUGUGAAUCUGCUAUGCCACCCCUGAUGUUGGCUGCUUCGGCAUCCCAUGGCUCGCCUUCUGCUGCUGAGCCGACCACGCCGAUUUUCAUCCCGAUGUCCACCCCGCCAGUCAGCCCUGCUGCGACCAACUCUACUGAUCUUCCCACGCAGUCCCUGUUGUUUGUGCCUUGUGCCCCGCCCCUGCUGUCAGCGCCGAGCUCUACACCGCCCAGGCCGCCCAAGACAAGGAGGAAGACGCUCGCUGGUGUUUCGGGCUUCAACCUCAACCGCUGCAGCCCGCGUCUUCAAGCAAAGAAGAGGACUAUGCCAGUGGCGCAGCUAGCAGAGAAACUCCUCUGUCAGCGCCUGGGCAUCAUCAAUGAAGGGCAAGAAGUUACUGAAGAAGCCAUUAGCAAAUUUGUUGGCAUGUUCCAGGGACAACUUCCUGACAUCACAGUUUCGGCCCUUCGGGCCCUCUUCAAUCUUGACUGUGAUCUUGCGAAGGCCGUGGAGGAUGCAUUGGUGGAACAUGGAGGCGCGGCCGGAAUAGAACUGCAGACCGUGAAUGGAGAGGUCGCCGGUGAGGCAGCGUGA